GGAACAUACAGCGCCGUCAAACAACGAACAACGACGACGGCACAUCUCGCAUUUACAGCGGCACUGAGUCAUUGUUAACGAUACCCGCCUCACACUCAGUGUCUUAGAGGGUGCUUGCAUGAUGUGGAACGACGAAGACAACAAUCCCUAUGGGACGAGCUUUGAGCGGCGAGACUCUGGGACGUCUUCCUCUGCGAACCAAAUCACAACGGAGCAAGCCCAUAACACCUCCGAUUCAGCCGAUGCCUUUGCCGACCCUCCGGACUUCGCUCAAUCGGCAGGCUUUGUAAAUGAAAGUGACAGCGAGGAAGAUUAUGCCUCUGAAGCGUUAGGAAAUUCACGACCGGGGCCAAAACCGGGCGGUUAUGACAGCCGCGUAGAGCAGCUUCUAUACGAGAACCCCAAUCUACCCAUCCUGAUCACGGAAGCUGGGAAAGGCGCGGACGGCACGAAGUAUAUUGCAUAUACCAUCAGGACAGGCGAUUUGGAAGUUCGCAGGCGAUACUCCGAAUUCGCAUCUUUGAGAGAUGCGCUCGCCAGGUUACACCCGACUCUGAUAAUCCCCCCAAUUCCAGAAAAGCAUACAAUGGCAGACUAUGCUGCAAACCCCACAAAGGCGAAGCAGGACCAGCAAAUGAUCGAUUAUCGGAAGCGGAUGCUGGCGGUGUUCCUGAACCGCUGCCGUCGCAUGGAAGACGUCCGCAAUGACGGGGUUUGGUGGAGGUUUUUGGAUCCUAAUUCGAGCUGGAGCGAAGUUCUUCACACUCAUCCCAUUGCGUCAAUUCCAAAAUCCACUCUGAAUGCACCACCACUCGACCCCGCAAAUCCUACCCCCGCUCACGCUUACUUGCCACGACCGCCUGCAUCCGCAAAACUCAAGGCCGCCGGAUAUUAUAAUACCAAUUCUCAGGGCAUGCUCAGCCAGCCAUCGGAUUUCAAUGCUAGCCCAUCUGCUGCGGCGCAUUCUACGCCAGGUCCGCAAGUAUUCGGUCGAUUCCCUCCUGACACAAAAAAUAUGACCGAGCAAGACCUAGAUGGCUACUUUGUGAACUUUGAGGCUUCUUCCAAAGAACUAGAGGUCCUUCUAAUGGGUUCAAUGGAGAAAGUAAACAAAAGGACACUGACGCAUCUCGGCCAAUUGUCUUCAGACUUUGCAGAACUGGGCGCCAGACUUAACGCCUUGUCGCUGCCAGAACCGUCUGCGUCCCUUUCUGCAGCGAUCGAACGAGUUGGUCGAGCGGUGGACGAUUCGUACAUGGCCACGGAAGAGCUCGUUAACUCAGUAGGCGCUACCUUCGCCGAGCCCAUGCGCGAGUCCGCGCAAUUCGCAGGUGUUGUCCGCAGCGUCCUCAAAUAUAGGGUGAUGAAGCGAGUCCAGCAAGAAAUGGUGAUUGACGAGCUCGCCAAGAAACGCGCAACUUUAGACUCGCUCGAACGCAGCGAGGCGGAAGCACAGCGCAUUGAGCAGUACCUGAGCAACGGCGGGCGCUCAGAGGGCAUACGCCGGUCUACUUCAUCGGGCCGAGAAGCUCCAAGCAGAAGAGACACUCACUCAGAAGAAACAGAAAGCAUCGACUCCGACUUCCCACCUACCCAUGAUGGUACCGCGCCCAGCGCACAGCAAGGCAUACCAGAAGACCACCGCAACGCCUUGUCGCACAAGAAGAGCAGCAGUGGGAACUUUAUCACCAAUAAAAUCUUUGGGCGUAUCAGCCACGCUGUGCAUGGGCUUGCAGAUGUAGACCCGGAGAAGUCACGGCGCGACAACAUCGGGAAGACGCGUGAAGCCAUUGGAAACCUCGAGCAGGGGCAGGUGGCUGUCGCUAAGGAUGUCACCGAUGCAAGUGCGGGUGUGCUGAAGGAUCUGAGGAGGUUCCAGGGUGAGAAGGAGGAUGAUUUGAGGAGGUACAUGCUCGCAUACGCCAAGUCGCAGAUCGAGUGGGCAAAGAAGAACAAGGAGACGUGGGAGGAUGCUAAGGUUGAGAUCCUCAAGAUUGACGAGUCGUGACAAGAUUGGGGAUAUGUGAUGAUGGUUCUUUGAGAGCCAGGUAAUAUGCGACGUGUUGCAGAACACGUUGCGUUGGGUUUGCACAAACAAGAUCCUCAUAUUAAUAUGGGGUUGUCGUAGGCGUUUGAAAUCGAGCGCUGAAUCAAAACAUAUUUCUAAACCGUAUCCGUCGUGGCUUCCAUUGGCUGAAAAUCGCAUGUCCUGAAUUCGCUGGUGGGGCUGCUGUAUAACGCCAUAAGUCCCCAGUUUCGCCAAUGCCCAUUCCCAUCGUCAUUUUCAUUCAGGAGGCAGUACUAUCAUGCACAAGCCCGCCGCUUUGCUAUGUUGCAGUGUAAUAUGCCAAUUAAUCCACCACCUUAUCCAAGAUAGUGCUCAGUCCAUGUGGCCGAGACUCAAAAAGACUUCCUGCCCUCCAGGGUUCUCACUGCCUCCCCUAGCCACCAGGCAUGGAUUCUGGCAUCACCUGUUAGCUCCGGGUGGAAGCUAGUUCCAAACACAUUCCCCUGUCGCACUGCAACAAUGUCGCCCGCUUCAUUGUCCGUCGCGCCAUCUUGAUGUUUGGCAGCUGCGGAGCGCCCUUGCACUGUACCCAGUAUCUCUACCGGCUGUUGCUUGAUUGAAGGGUCAAUUCCUUCAGCGACAUCCUUUGAUGGCGCAAUAACAGUCUCCGGCUUCUGUGCCUCGCCCUCCUGUGCUCCGUCAGAGUCCUUCAGUAGGGUCUCAACAAUUGGCGCGCGGAUGAAGAUUGCGCGGAACGGGUCGGCCAUGCCUCCCUCAGCCCCCAGGAAUUUGAGAUCUAGAUCGGCCUGGAAGGACUCUGUCUGUCUCCCAAAGUGAUUGCGGUUGACACGAACAUCCAGACCGCCAAUUAGCUCCUGUCCGCCAGCCUUGGUGCGGUUGGCCGACUCAGCCAGCAGGAUAAGCCCCGCGCAUGUGCCCCACGUCGGCUUGCGCUGGACUUUGACAAAGUCGCGGAGGGGCUCGAGGAGGUUGCAGCGCUCGGCUAUGAGGGAUAUGGUGGUGGAUUCGCCGCCGGGGAUGACGAGGGCGUCGCAGCUUGCGAGUUGUGCGGCGGUGCGGACCUCGAGGAAGGUGAACUGGGUUGCGGGGUGAAAUUGGGCUGCUGAGCGCAAGAGUUGGGUGUGUUCGCUGAAGGCGCCUUGGAGGGCGAGCACGCCGACCGUGAAGGUGUUUGAGGUGCCGAGGGAACCCAUUAUUAGAGAUGAGUGAGGUUAAUAGUAGCAAUUGUUGAGAGUGAUGCGGUUGAAAGAUCGAAGAUUUUUAACUCAUGGUAAAUAAGCUUUAUGGGGGAUCGGCUGGG